CCCCCAACUACACAUAAAGACAGAGGCGACUAGGGGUAGACUAGACCACAGGGAUCCCUACGUCUUAGGGACUCUGGCCAUGGGGACCCAUGAAUAGACAAGCACCGCAUGAAAUGUGGCACUGGGACACCACACUGCGAAAAAGAAAAGGAAAUUGCUUCGAAAUGCACAUUGACGGUGCAGGUUGCAAUGGACAGUAUGUGCAAAUAUAUGAUGGAUAUUGGAACUCAGGACCUUUGCUUAGCGGAGAGAUUUGCUACCAUGCAACUGAGGUGUUUCGCUCAUCAUCCAACGUCAUGACCGUGACAUAUAUUAAUGGAGGAUAUGGUGAAAAUUUUUAUGGAUUUUUUGGAGCUCACUAUUCUUCAUCCAGGCCAUUGUCUGCAGGACCUCCUACCAUUGGACCUCCUACCUAUGAGACUACUACCCCUGACUUAGAAUAACCGGUGAUCUGUCUAUACUGAGCAGAACUGACCAGAGAGUCCAGUGGGACACAAUGAUUAUUUGCUAUGCUUAUUUGAAUUGUUUGUUGUGUUUUCAAUUACUAUGGUAACUAUGAUAAUAUCAUUAAUGUCUGAUUGAUUAUAACUUCUGUUUAAAUUGUAAUACAUGUAUACAACUCUAUAAACCACAACAGCUUACAGCUUGUAUGCUAACUGAGUA